AUGCCGGGGAAAACGAACGGGACGUCGAAUGGGACACCAGAGCGCUCUUUCAUCAAUUUUGACCCCGAUGACCCUGAUUAUAUCAAGGAUUUGCAAAGGCCAGCCGCAAUCAAGGAAGAUCUGUCAGAAAUGGAAAGGCGAAAACGAGUGCAACAAAUCUUGGAAUCGAAAAGUUUUUGCAAAACUCUAGAAGAAUUAAUCAAGCAAGAGAGUGAGAAUAAUAAAACUGAUCCAGAACACCUCAAAACUCUGCAGCGCCUUUCUGAAUUAACAUUGCCUCACGGUCAUCUAGCAGCCGUCAGCCUCCGAAGCAUAGGUUCGGCCAGUGUUCUACCGGUUGCUGACUUACGUGGCAAUGAUAAAUAUACGAAGGCUGAAAAAUUAUUAAGGAAUAAACUGGCAUCUUUGUACCGUCUAGUAGAUUUAUUUCAGUGGUCGCAAGGUAUUUAUAAUCAUAUCACGUUGAGGUUAUCUGACGAUACAGAUGAGAUCUUAAUAAAUCCUUUCGGUCUCUUAUAUCAUGAAAUUACGGCUUCUUCUUUGGUGAAAGUUAAUUUGGAUGGUGAAAUCUUAGAUCAUGGCUCAACGAAACUGGGCAUCAACCAGGCUGGUUAUGUAUUGCAUUCGGCUAUUCAUAGAGCGCGUCCAGAUGUGCGUUGUGUGUUGCAUAUGCAUACGGCGGUCGUAUCAGCUGUUUCUUCAAUGAAAUGCGGCCUUCUUCCUAUUAGCCAAGAAGCGAUGAUCAUUGGACCGGUUGCAUAUCAUGAUUAUCAGGGGAUUCUGAAUGAAGAAUCCGAACGACAAUCGAUUAUCGAUGAUCUCGGUGAAAAAAACGUGAUGCUUCUCAGGAAUCACGGCUUUGUGGCGUGUGGAGAAUCCGUGGAGGAAGCAUUACACCUCGCCUUUCAUACAAUCAUCGCGUGUGAAUCUCAGGCAUGCUUCUUUUAUUCACAUUUUUUACAGAUUAUUCAGAUUCUAAUCAUGCGUACUAACGGCUUUAUUGUUUGUGGCGAAACGGUUGAAGAGGCGAUGUAUCUGACAAGAAGCUUGAUUUCCGCUUGUGACAAUCAGCUGAGGGCAGCACGCGCCGGACUGGAAAAUUUGGUGAUCCCCGACGAAAAGGCUGUCGAAAGAGCCUAUAAAACAGCGAGGCGAGGAGGUGAAAUUUUGUUCGUUCAGAAAGAUCACUUAUUUCGAAAGUUGUUGGAUGAUUUGAAAUCACCAGCAAAAGACGCAAAUGGAAGACAGAUCAACUGGCGAAUAGGCGAACUGGAAUGGGAAGCGUGGAUGCGAGUGCUCGACAAUGCAGGUUAUCGAACUGGUCAUUUAUACCGACAGCCAAUACUUAGUGCAUCAAGUGCAGCAUCGAAUGUAUCAGCAGCGAACCAAAAUGAUGUUGCAAUUCCACCGAGUGCAUCAGCAAUGGGUGAGGUGGAUGAGACAGAUGCUGAAGCUUUGACGGCGCACAAAAUUGCUCUUAUGCGAAAAGAACAAGAAAGAUCAAGAUGGCUGAACUCACCAAACGCUUAUCAACGAAUUGAAGUCCUUGAAACGGGCACUGAUAACCCUAAAAAAAUCACGAAGUGGGUGCAAGAUGUGACAACGCCAUCCAAUAGUGGAACGGCAGUUAAAAUCAGUUCACCGCACCAGUUCAGCCCAUUUGGAGUCAACCCAAAAGAGUUCAAAGAAAAACAAAAAGCAAUCAAAGAGAAUCGUCGCCUUGGUGCAACAUCAGCUGGUCCUCAGUCGCAGAUUCUCGAUGGAGUCACCUAUGAAGAAGCAGCACAGUUGCGAUCGGAGGUGGCUGAAACAAGUGGUCAAGGCGAUCGUGUCUUGAUGAUUGGAACUGCUAGCAAGGGUAUCAUCGAUAGACAACAUCAGCACAAUGCGCAGGUCUAUCGACAGCUGUAUGCUCCAAAUCCAUUCGCGAGUGAGACGGAUGAAGAUAUUCAGAAGUAUAUGAAAGAAGUAGAAUCAAAAACACCACGGCCUGGCUCUGUAUCGGAGACAAUCGAAAGAGCAACAACACCAAGUCAACCGGUUUACGAAACUGACAGUCCUAGUGCAGGUGAAAUUUAG